AUGCCUAGCGUUUCCACACACCUUGGCCAAAGUUUGCCUUUGGUGGCUUCCACUGCAACGAAUUACUGGAAUUUGAUCCGCCACCUGCGCGUUUUCCGAAUUGAGAUGACUUACGUGUCUCUCGAUCAAAUCGAUGCCGAGUUAUCUCAAUCUAUGACAAAACAAAUGAAUUGUCACGCUACACAACAUCUUUCUUUGACCAUAAACAACAGUCUGGCCAAAGGCACCAUCUCCCUGAGGAACCUAAUUUGCGUCCAUGGCCAACCGUACGAGAAAGGCGAUACUCUUAGGCUCAUCUCCCCCGAAGAUGUCGAUCAGAUCUUAAUUCCACAUGGCCAAAGUGCCGUGGUAUCCGUCUGCGGAAGUGCAGCGUUUGGGGUAGGAAUAGAGGGAAUGCUUGACCUCUGCCGCGAUGGAAAGAGCUUGAUCACUUCCCUGUACUGGAAUGGACCUUGGAAACGUAUUGGGAAUGAGCUUCAUCUGGCCAACGUUGACGACAAGCAUUAUGUCGUGAAAGUGUCUACACCUCCAUUCGAAGGUAUAUUGGGAGAUAUCGCUGUUGAUAUCAGAGAAAUAUGUGCGAGCGAUCCACUGCAAUGA